UAAAACGUUUUCAAAUUCGAUUUUCAGCAUCCCCGCUCAAAUCUUCACUCUCUCUCUCUCUCUCUCUCUCUCUCUCUCUCCAAUCAGUAAGCCAUUUCUCUCUGCAACAAGAUCCAAAACUAGGUUAAUUGUUGAAGGCGAACGAUCCAAAAUCAGUAAUAUAUCUCCGAUCAGUUCUCUUUCAAGCCGGUAGUGUUCAACUGACGAGGCGAGAAUUCGGAUCCUUCAGCUAGAAAAAGAAGCUGACGGCGAACUUGCAUAGGCUGAUUUUCUGCUGCUUUGGUGUGGUUCACUACUUAGGCCACUGAAAUCCUCCAUCAAUCUUCAACAUGAAUAAUUACCACAUAUACGAGGCAAUUGGCCAAGGAAAACACUCGACUGUGUAUAAAGGGAGGAAGAAGAAAAGUAUUGAAUAUUAUGCACUUAAGAGUGUCGAUAAAUCUCACAAAAGCAAGGUUCUGCAGGAAGUGAGAAUUCUUCACUCAUCGGAUCAUCCUAAUGUACUCAAAUUUCAUGCCUGGUAUGAAACUUCUGCUCAUUUGUGGCUGAUUUUAGAAUAUUGUGUUGGAGGUGACCUCAGGACAUUACUGGAGCAGGACAGUAAACUUCCGGAAGAUUCAGUACACGAUCUAGCACGGGAUCUUGUUAGAGGUUUACGGUAUUUACACUCAAAAGGAGUCAUCUACUGUGACUUGAAGCCAUCAAACAUUUUGCUGGAUGAAAAUGGUCGUACAAAGCUUUGUGAUUUUGGGUUAUCCAGAAAAUUGAGUGAUAUAUCCAAAACACCUUCUUCACUGUUACCGCAAGCAAAACGUGGAACUCCAUGUUACAUGGCGCCUGAGUUGUUUCACGAUGCCGGAGUUCAUUCAUACGCUUCGGAUUUUUGGGCUCUCGGUUGUGUUCUAUACGAAUGCUAUGCUGGCAGACCUCCAUUCAUAGGAAAAGAAUUCACACAGUUGGUAAAUUCAAUCAUCACAGAUCCGACUCCAUCCUUACCGGGCAAUCCUAGCCGUCCAUUCGCUAAUCUCGUCAGUUCUCUUCUUAUAAAAGAUCCAGCCGAAAGAAUCCAAUGGUCCGAAAUUUGUAGUCAUGCGUACUGGAACUCGAAGCUGACCCCACCGGUUUUACCCCCUCAACCCGCUUUCGAUAACAUGGUUGAACUUUGUUAUAAACCUUGUCUUACCGAACGGAAUCAGAACAAAACCCCACCGAGAAACCGAGCCACGGUGGGCCCCACUGAAAGAACGAAAUCAGAACAUAAUACACCUAAUAGAGGUGUAUCGAGUGGUCGAAAGAUUCAAUCUAAAGGUAGUGGUAAUACAAAGGGUGUGAAUUUGCUACGUCUUUCGAGGAUAGCGAAAUCGAAUCUGCAGAGGGAAAAUGAAAAGGAGAAUUACCGUAGGCCGUUGCCGAAUACGAAUUCCGAAAAUGAAACUGAUGUUCGAAUCGAAAACACUGAUAUGGAGCUCGAUUUUAACGAGAACAAUGACGACGACACACAAGACGAGCCCGAAAUGGUGACUGUGACCUCUACCCAAACCGUUGAUGAUGAGAAUUUGAUUGCAUCACCAAUGGUUAACAGUAACACGCCUGCAACAGAUGAUUCUAGUAGAAACGACGAUGAAUCCUCUGCGGAUCGUAUUGAAGUAGAUGCUACUCCACCGAGUGCUUCACCGCAACCGAAGAUUAAAAAGGUUCUAGAAGGUUCAGGUUCAGAUAGCGGUGCGGAUAACAUGUCGACAGUUCUUUGGCAUGCAUCUGACCUCUCGGUUCGACCUGUGAUGCCAAGUAAAAAGUCUGACCUCUCGGUUCCUUCUCUUCCGUUCGAUGCGGUUCCAUCGUCUGAUUUUGUGAAAUUACCAAAAGACCAAUUAGAAGUAGUCACGAAAUGCAUCAUAAGCAUCCUAAACGGAAACACUUCAGUUGGUGAGAAGCAAAACGUGAUCAAAUAUCUUGAGAUUUUAAGCUGUAGUGUGGAUGCAGCCAAUAUUUUGACCAAUGGUCAAAUAAUGCUUGUUUUGGUCAAAAUGUUUCGGCUGUCUAAAGUCUCGGGUUUGCGGGUACAACUUGCGUCACUUCUUGGGUUGCUAAUACGACAUUCUACUGUUAUAGACAAUGAUUUAGCAAGUUCGGGGAUAUUGGGUUCAUUAAGCGAAGGGUUAGUGGAUCGUCAAGAAAAGGUCAGAAGGUUUUCUAUGGCUGCGUUGGGUGAGUUGUUGUUUUAUAUAUCAACUCAGAAUGACCAACCGAAAGCACUUAUUCCACCUGAAAGCCCGUUAAAGGAAAACAAAACCUCAUCAGGAUGGCAGGUACCGAAUACAUUAAUAUCACUAGUAACAUCACUUUUGCGGAAGGGUGAAGACGACACCACUCAACUUUAUGCGCUAAAAACAAUCGAGAACAUCUCAAGCCAAGGCGGAUAUUGGGCAACCCGUUUCACCAGCCCGGAUGUAGUCAACAAUCUUUGUCACAUAUUCCGAUCACCCGCAAAACCAGAGACAAUGAGACUUACAGCCGGAUCAUGUCUAGUCCGUUUGACGCGUUUCAACCCGCCCACAAUCCAACAAGUAAUGGAAAAACUCAACUUCAAAGAAACCGCAAACGCGGUUUCCAAAGGAAGCCCACGUGAGCAGCAGAUCUGCUUAAACCUUCUGAACAUUGCAAUGCUCGGCAGCAAUCUUUUCGCCAAUAUAGGCCGCCAUUUGUUACCGUUAAUAGACGAUAAAAGCCUUGUACCGAAUUUAAUAUCGCUUAUCGAACACGGGGGUGAAGUUUUACGAGGAAAAACGCUCGUUUUUAUUACCCUUCUUUGUAAAAACCGAAAAAGAUGGCUUCCACAUUUUUUCUAUAAUGUGAAGCUUUUAACGACGGUGGAUAGGUUGGUGAAGGAAAAGGGUGUUUAUCUGCAGCAAUGUUUAGAGGCGUUUAUAAACGGUGUGGUGUCGAUUAUACCGGGGUUACUGGAUAUGAUUAUUGCUGAUAUUAAGCAACUGUCUGUCGGGAAACGGCAUCUGCAAGGUGGUGGUUUAACUGGCAAAGGUGGUGGUGGUUCAAAGACCAGUUUGCCACUUUUUUCGGUGGUUCUUAAUCUUCUUUGCAGUUCAUCGUUUAAACGCAGGGUGGUUGACUCUCAGAUCCUUCUGCAACUCAAAGUUCUACUCAAAUUGGUCGAAUCACCGUUUCAGGGACGAGAUGAUUUUCUGUUGACCCUUUUACGGGUUUUUGAAGCAAUCACGGAAGAAGGUUCUGUAAUCGAGGAAAACCACACAACUUUUGUCAUUGAAAUUCUCCCGAGUCUGUCGGUUCUUUGCAAAGGAAGUAAAGACGGAGAUGCAAGAUUCUUAUGCUUAAAAAUAUGGUUUGAGGUGGUUGUUAAUAUGCUAAAUGAAGCACCAAAGGAUGCCCGAAGACUAGAGGUUUUGAAAUCAGUAUGCCGUGAUCAUUUCAUCCCAAUGCUUCCGAUGUUAAUGGAGGAUGAAGACCCAACUCCGAUAUAUGCACAGAAACUACACGAUAUGCUGCUGGAGUUCAAUGUUAUCGUAUAAUAAUUAAUUAAUGUCUUGGUUUCCUUUUGAUGUAAUUCAUGGUUUGUAAUGCUAUACAUACACUCGUUGUUUUCUGAACACAAAGACUUAAGUUUAUAUUUAUUUGAAUGGUGCAUGUAGUUGCCAGUAUA